AUGUAUGUCGAAUUCAUCCGUGAAUACAUCGACCUUGGGCACAUGAGGAAAGUUAGUGAAGAUGCAAGCGAUGCCACCAUGAGGUAUUAUCUGCCACAUCACGCUGUUCUUAAGCCUGACAGUACAACCACGAAGCUACGAGUGGUUUUUGAUGCUUCGUGCCCCACUUCAUCUGGAGUUUCACUGAACGAUGCUCUAAUGGUAGGUCCUGUCGUACAGGAUGAUCUGACAAGCAUUAUUCUUCGCUUUCGCAUGCAUCGUAUCGCUGUAAAUGCCGACAUCGCCAAAAUGUAUCGGAUGAUAGGAGUUCAGAGUAGAGAUUAUCCGUUGCAGAGCAUUAAGUGGAGAAAUGAUGCUUCUGAACCAAUCAGAACUUACGAAUUGACCACUGUGACUUACGUUACAUCAUCUGCACCAUAUUUGGCUACCAAAUGCUUGCAACGCCUUGCGGAUGACGGGAAAGCGACCCACUCAAUAGCAACUAAAGUGAUCAAGCAAGAUUUCUACGUUGAUGCCAUGCUUUCUGGCGUAGACACUGUCGACGAAGGUCGGAGUUUGAUACGUGACGUCAUUGAGCUGUCAGAGUCAGCUGGUUUCACUUAA